AUGAGUCGCACAUCUUACGACCGAUAUCUCACUGUAUUCUCUCCUGAGGGUCGUCUCUACCAAGUCGAGUAUGCAUUCAAGGCCAUUUCUGGGUCUGGGCAGACCGCCAUUUCUAUCCGGGGCAAGGACACUUGUGUAGUGAUCACACAGAAGAAAGUCCCUGACAAACUUGUUGAUGCGUCGACUAUUACCCAUUUGUUCAGUCUCACCCCAACGAUUGGUUGUGUCAUGGUCGGACUCAUAGCCGAUGCCAGGGCACAGGUAGCCCGUGCUCGAGCAGAAGCCGCCGAGUUCCGUUAUAAAUAUGGUUAUGAGAUCACCCCAGACGCACUGGCUCGUCGAAUGGCCAAUAUUAACCAGGUUUAUACUCAGCGAGCUGCUAUGCGACCUCUGGGUAUCGCUAUGAUUCUAAUUGGUAUUGAUCCUGAGACUGGUCCACAAAUAUUCAAGCUGGAUCCCGCCGGUUACUUUGUUGGAUUCCACGCGACAGCCGCUGGCCAGAAACAACAAGAAUCCAUGAACUUCCUGGAGAAGCGGUGGAAAAAGCUUGACGGUGCAUCGGAUGACGCUAGUGUUGCGGGGAAGAAAUUGGAGCGAGACCAGGUCAUUGAGAUGGCAAUCGAAGCAAUCUCAACUGUGUUAUCGACGGACUUCAAGCCUGGCGAACUUGAGAUUGGGAUUGUGUCUACUGGAGGCGGCGAGGAUGGCCGUUGGAGAACAAUGCCCGAGGAGGAACUCGAGCGACACUUGCUCGCUUAUGCUGAGCGCGACUAG